CAUCACUGAUGCUCUCCAUAUGAGGCAGCCAUUCCAAUUCUUGUGGUUCAGAAUGACAGUGCAUGGACUGCAUUUGAAGCCAGAGGCAGGUGAACGAGUGAAGAGUGAAUUCACACUUUAAAGAGCAGCGAAGACCAUCUUGCCAUGAAACCAUUCACAGAUGAAGAUGUAGAAAUCUACAUCCAGAGCAAGGUGGAACGGCGGCAUUACCUGGUUUCCAAAGCAGUGGAGGAGGUGCAGAAAAUCAUCCAGCAGCUGACUGCAGAAAUCAGCUACAAGGCCGUGCGAUUCCAGGCUAUCUCCAACUCUGGCAUUCACAAUGAGAACAUUAAGGAUCAGCCAGCUUUACUGGCCAAGUGGUCAGCUAUGCUUCGGAGGAAGCGCCCAUUCCACCCAUCCAUCCAGGUCUUAGCACCCAGCCAGUUCCUCAUCACAGUUCCUCUGCGUGGCCUGACGGGUUACAGGGAAUGCCAGGUACGGCACUGGCGCUAUUACACUGUGAAUGGAGCCAAGCUCCUCUCCUCCGUGCGGGACCCUGAGGAACUGCAUCAGUGGCUGGAGGUGGAGCAGUUCUCAAAAAGCCUUCAGCAGUGGCACGAAGAGGACGUGAACAUCGAAGGUGAUCUCGUUCCAGCCAAAGUCCUUAUCGUCUUCCGGGAGCUGGUGGAGAAGUCCAUUGUCUCCUGUAACCUCUCCAGUAAAGUGACAGUGCUGGAGAGCUUCAGCUCAGUGGUCCGGGUGGCUGUGGAGACAUCAGAAUCACAGGUUGAGGUGGAGCUGGUCCCUGCUGUGGAGAUUCCAACUUGCUGGCCUGAGAAAGCCCGGUGGCCUCGUUGCCUUAAGCGUUGGCCUUCUCAGGAAAAAGUGCAAUGCAUCAAGUCGCUGGGUUUCGACCUCCUGGCCCGCUCUAACUAUCACUGGCAGCUGUGUUUCUCCCGUGCUGAGCACAUCCUCAUGGAGGGACUUGAUGAAGAUGGUGGUUGUCGCAUGAAGUGCUUCAGGGUCAUGAGGCAGAUGAAGGAAGAUGUCUGGUGUGCUGGAAAUAAGCCUGUCAUCACAGCUUAUCACCUUCAGACAGUGCUAUUCUGGACGUGUGAAAAAUACCCCCGCACCAAGGAUUGGCGCUGCUUCCCUGAAGCCUUUCUGAGGCUGGUACAGAAGCUGCACAAGUGUGUAAGCCAGCACUUCCUCAAGCAUUACUUUCUCAAGAACACCAAUCUGCUCAAAUAUGCCAACACCAGUGACCUGGACCUGGUGGCCAGCAAGCUCGCGGUCUUCUUGGAGAAUCCCGUUUUCUGCCUGGACUAAGGCAGGCAAAGGUCUCGUCCCAGCCCCGAGUCGAUCCCCCAGCUCCUCUCCCCACCUGUGCUUGCUCUCCGUGUCCUUCCAGUUGAUGCUGCAGCUGGCUCUGUGAGACAGUUGGCACAUGCAGCGCGAAAGAGAAGUGUUGAGCUGGCAGCGGUGGGCGGUGAAAACUGAUGGGAGGUAUCACUUGAUGCCCAGCUGAUCUAAUUUGCUUUCAACAGCGACAGCCUGCCUGGAAGGUAGAGCCAGUGAAACCCAGCUUUCUGUGUCAGAGCAGGCAACUGCCUCGUUCUGUGUCUCCAGUCUUGUGGCACCUAAGCUGAAAGGCAGCACAAAGGAGUCUCGCUCUGCUGCCCCUGUUCAUGCACUAGCUAGCUCAUGCACUGUUGCUGCAAUCGCCUUCCUCACAAGGACAGUGGGUUUAAUUGCCUAAUUACCUCACAGGCCAGCUCUGCAGAGGGGCAGAGGAACAUUUCCAAGGUGUUCUGAAGCUGGAAGCUUUCUCAGAGGAAAUUCAAUUCAGUGAGGUCCUGCUCCAGUAGGAUCCAGUAAUAAUUUAACCAUGCUGCUAGUGUUGAAGAGCUCAGUGGAAGCAAGAAGAGGAACAGUGGGUUUUGCCUCUUCAUUUUUCUCUCCUUCACUUACAUUUUUCUUCCAAUUGCUUCAAAUAUGUCUUUUUCCUGUUUGCCAGUUGUGUUAGUGCCAUACAAUCAGGGGCCUUUGGCAGGGCAGAUUUCACUCCCAUCCCUGGCUCUAUCCAGCAGGCUGGACAAGGAGCAGGUCUUUUCCUAGUUGUUAUCACACAGGUAUUUUUGGGUGCAGUGCAGAAUAUUUUUCAGAGGCUCUUAGCUCCAAGACCCCCAGUGCUUUUAAUUUUGUGGAUGUUUCAAAAGAAAAUGAAUUUUAGUAUUUCAAAAGAACAGAGCUUUAGAAUUAGUAUAAAGAAUGCUGGGUUUAAUGUUAUUAAAUUGCUGAAACUUAACCAAGAUGGGGGGGUGGGGGGGGAGUUGGGUUUGAUGUUUGAUUUGGUGGGGUUUUUUUGUCACAUCUGUGCAGGAAAGUAAAUAAGUCCUUUGCCAAGGGGGCUGGCAGAGGUGGGAUUUGCAUCGCGCCCCAAGGAGCUGCAAGAGGCGCAUUUGCGGUGCGGCGUCUCCCCGUCGUGGCAGACUGCGGUACAACCAGUCUCCAGCACAGCCUCUGGAGCAGGCUGUCUUCUACAGCUUAUGAGCAGAGUAGAUAUGGGUCAGGAAGGAUCCAAGCUGUGUGCUCCUGGUCUGGUCAUGGUCCUGUGUCUCCUGCAUCAGAUGUCACCACAUAUAGACGCGAUCCGACCACGUAAACUGGCCCCUCUUUGCUCAGAUUCUCUGAAUACUCUCCAAGUCGCCUUUCCACAUGGGUAACGGUCUUGUGUGGAACUGUUUUGAACAGUUAACUUUUCUUGCUAAACCUUUGUUCUCUGGGCUCCCUAAAUGGGACACAAGUGUCAGUUUCAUGAUGACACCUCCUGUUCAAGUGUGGCUUUCUGAUUUCCUGUGAGCUGUUUCAGUAAAGUGCAAGGAGAUGCCAAUCUGCCAGGCAGAGUCAGGCAGCUGUGGCAAUGAAGUAAUGUCUCCUGUUUUGUCUUGAUUUUGUCUUGUGGUUGAAUGGCCAGCUUCUGAAGUUAGAGGAGGGCAAAAACAGUUCAAACUGUUCAAGGACAGUGAAAAACAUUCAGCACAAUCCCAAAUUUGAUAUUUUACUGCCCUGAUGUAUGAUCCUUUUGGGAUUUAGUUGUGGCUGUUAAAGAGUUUAUCUCCCUUUAUAGCUGGGUGAAAGAACAGCAUUUGGUGGUGAUGCCUUAACUUGGAUGCAGCUGUGUGUCAGAGUCCUCAGCUGCUGGGAUUCACAGCCUGCUGUGAAGCAAAACCAUGGGCAUGCACCGUGUGCUGCACAGCCAUGACAUGGAAUGUUCCACUGCCCUGCCAGAGCCUCUUACAGCCAGGAACGACUCAGCAAAGCCAGGAAAUAAGCACAGAAUGAUGGACCCCUGCCUUGAGCCAAGUCUGAUCAAUUUUUGCUGUUUUCCUCUUGUUCACUCAAGCAAAUGCAUCAGCUAGCACAUGCUGCUGCAGAAAGUAUCCUUGUCACCACUGGAACAUGGAAGGUACAUUACUGUUGAACACAAAGACGCAGGAACAAUCCCACAGCUUUUUCUCCAGAGCAGCAAGAUGUGACACAGCUGGCCACUGGCAAAAAGAAAAGGCUUUGAGGAAAGGAUUAACAUGGUCAUGGAAGCAGUUGAAUACAAGAAUGAAUUCCUUUCAGAGACAUCUUUGAGACACUACCUUACAUCAUCUCAUGCAGGUCUACAUGAGUAUGUGGAGUUUUGUUGUUGAGGCAGUUUUUUGUGGUUGUGGGAGAGUUGUGCAGGAGGUCUCUUAUUUUUAAAAAAAACAAGCUUACCAAAUAUAUUUAUUUAAUUUCUUACCACAGUAAACUUUUUGCAAAUAGCUUUUCACUUAUACACCAAUCCUAGUUGCAAAAUCAUGGCCUCAUCCCAUGAUUUGCCUCCAGAAAGAGAUACCACAUUGUAAUUUGGCUACAGAAUAAGUUUUAUGUUUCAUAUUUAUAAUUUUUCGUUUUUAAAAGUGAGCAUCUGGAUGAAUACACACAUUCAAACCACACAUAAAUAGGUUUAAUCAAAAGUUCUGUGUUCAGAACAUCUGGAAGGAAUGUGAUGACCAUUUUCUCUCCCUCUCUUUUUCACUGCUUUCAUGAGUAUUUGCUGCAUUCUGAGCCCUCACCACAGUCAGCAUCACUCCAUCUGUCAGAAAUUUCAAUUUAAUGUGUUGUUCUGCUAUAUAAAACAGUACAAAAGUCAUUAUGUUUGUAGUCUUUUUUACACAGCCUGCCUUCUGGUCACUAGAGGGCAAUGUCUCUCUGAAGCACAAACACUGAUCCAGGAUCUCGCUCUUAAAAUCAGCAUUUUGUUAUUAUCAUCGAGCUGAGACAAAUGAGCUUGAUUAAUUUAAUGGUGAAUUCUGUUGCCAAAAAGGAGAGAAGAGACCAUGGGAGAAGUUUCUAAUAAAUAGCAAGACUUCAGUAAAAACUUUAAACUCUGGAAGCCACUCUAAGAGCCAGAAUAUGGAUUUAUUGUUUCUGAUGGUCUUGCAGUCAUUCCCAACAGCCUUCGAUUGGGAAAGCACCAAUAAACAAAGUGCAGGCAGGGUUCUGGGAAGGAGGGAACUUGCAGGAAUAGCCACUGCCCUGCUCCAUUAGAGGCCUGCCCUCUCUCCAUGGCCAUGACUCCCAUGUGUGCCUACUUCACAGGCUCCUCUGUCUCUUUCUUUUUUUCUCCCUUCUCCAGAAAAAAAAAAAAUAAAUUAUUCUCAGAACAAGUUUUCUGAUGCCACUCCUUUGGCUCUGGUGGGAAUGGUCACUUUUCAGUGCACAUCAACUCUCUUUUAGUUCAUGGGCCCCAGGUGAACACAGACACACCAUCUACUCACCCUCACUUAUACUCCAUCUUUGGUUUGAAAUGGUGCCCAGCAGUGAAGUUAGAUCACGUUGCAAACUAUGUUCCCUGUGGGAGCAGCCUGGCCUCUCUGAGCAAAGUUGGGACAUGGACAGUGAUAGGCAGGAUAAUUCUGCUUUAACACUAAAUAUUUUUCUGCUUAUCAGUGCUAGGACUUCUGGUUUUGAGGAGAAACAUAUUUUAUUAUACCCCACCCCCAACACUCAUCUGAGGCCCUUGCAAUGUCACAUGAGAUAGUGACACAGCAGCCACUGCUCAAAUCAUGGUAAGAGAUCCCACUCGCCCUAUCAGGCCAACCUGACAUUACUGUAGGAGGCGUGUGCUGCCCUUGUCCUCCUUGGGAUCUGACUUCUCUGGCUGAAAUAAUACACCCCAUUUCAAAGGAAAUUGAACAGCUGCAGGUAGAAAAAUACGUUUUAGCCUGUUUUGACCCAAACCACUGCAGCACAAAGAAAUGGACAAUACUUUCAUCAUGUUACAAGUACCUGUCAGUUCUGCUCCAAGCAACAUCUUUGAACUGAAAAGAAAGAAAGGACAGGAUCAGCACCUGGCUUUGAAAGCAUCUCCUGGAUGGGUGAUGAAGAAUGCACAGAUGCCACCAGAGACCAAGCCUAUGGAGAGUGCAGAAUGUAUUUUUCACAGGAAAGAUUGUCUAAUUUACCAUUAGCAUCUUCACAAAUACAAAUUACAAGGAAAUGCAUUAAGGAAAGAAUUAAUCAGCUUGAAAGGCUUUGUAGUAAUUAGAAAAAAGAAUGGCGUCUUCCCAGGCUCCCCUGGAUGGUGGUAAUUACCAGCUGCAAAACUGUGGCUUGUGCCACUUAAUGAUUUUUGGACUAAAAAUCAUAAUAUCUUUUUAUUUCCAUUCUUAGAGAAGCCGCUCUUGGAAUCAGGCAGCAGCACAGGCCAGCAGCUCUGAGAAGCUGUGAGGGCAGCCACUUUAGGUGCAGGGUGCUCCAGAGCCUGAUCCCAAGCCAUGGCUCCGUUGCAUCUGGCCCAGCACAUUUUUCCUGUUGCCUUGGAGGAGAUGGGUACCAUUUGUUAUCCAACAACUUGAACAGCCAAACCUCUUCUGCCACAACUGCAGGCAGCCUUACACCCAUCUGCAGCACAUCCCCAGCAGCAGAGGGCAGGCCAUAGCCCCUUCUGGUGACGGUAUUGUCACCAACACAGCUGGGGGACCUGAAGGGCAAGGCUGCAAUGGAGGCUAGCUAAUGCAUUUCAGGGAAGAAGUUUGGUUAAUUUAAGAGAGUUUAAGAAAUUCCAGUUCCAAGGUAGUAGUGAACCAAAACAAAAAUGCAGCUCAGAAGAAUUUUUUUUUUAAAUCCAUGGUAAAAAUUCCUAAGGAAAUGAACAUCAAUGUUGAAUUACUGGGAUCCCAUUUUAAAAGGGUGAGAACCUGUAGCUAGAAGGAAUGUCAUCAGCAACUGAAUCCAUCUGUUGCUCUUCAUGGUCCUUUCCCCCAAAUUAACCAAGAGCUGUUUCAAAGGUUGGUAGAUAGUUUGC